ACACGCCAGCUCUUUCCAAGGCUGGUGGCUCCGUCUCAUAUAUCAUGUUGGCUGGUCCUCCUUCUGUUCGCUCGUGUCUCGUCUCCUUUCCUGUUCUCCAUAUUCAGAAGGAAGUAGAAACCCGUUUACCUCCCUCGAUUAAUCAUUCUUUUGAUAAGACCGUUUCAUCACCAGCCAGACCGGCGAUAGUUCUCGCUACCCAUUCUCGUAAAACACUUCGCCACUGUAUCUCGUUACGUGGCAGGCUUCAGCACCCAAGAUCGAAAGACACCUCUCAUUUCACAACCCAAGCGGCCGGGAAGUGCCAUACAUGGGUUAAAUAAACACCCAAGAACCCGAGUUUAUCGACCAGCAAUAUGCCAAACCCAAGGGCACCACACCCUCGCAGCGUGAGGGACUCCUGGCCACCCACCCAGGUGCACCUCCGGUCCAGCAUCGAACAUGUCGAUGCCGAAGCCGAGAUGGGGGGCCUGGACCUGUCCUACGUCGACAAAAAUCCCCUCAACUAUUUCCUAACUCCAGCACCGUCCUCGGACGACGGGGCCGUCGACGUGAUGGAUUUCGACGCCGGCAUCGAGGACGCCAAGCACCCGGCCCCGAUCGUGCGCAGCGUGAGCCCAUCCACCCUGGACGGGCUCAGCCGGCUAGGCGCGCGGCCUCCGACCCCACCUCGGGGCCCGGGAUCCCCCUCCCCAGAACUAGACAUGGACAUGGCGCCGACGCCGGAGGAGGAGGAGGAUGACGACGACGGGGAGGAAUACCUCCGCCUCGGGGGAUCGCUCCCGCUCUGCCUGCCGUUCAGCCUCAGAGACUUCGCGACGAUGAGGGCCAAGGGGCGGAGGGAGAGGGAGUCCAAGGCGGGCAACAACGGGUUGCUCCUCUCGCCGGCGCCGCUCCACGCCGGCCACUUGUCGUCGGUGCGCGGCAGGUCGGCGCACCGGCCCGGCCCGAGACCUAUCGUUGCUGGGAGCGUCAAGGGUCGGCCCCGGGGCAUGGGCUUGGCCCCUUCUCGGAGCUCGCCGCAUGCCUGGCGCGAGCCCAGCCCCGAUGUCUGGUCGAUCGAGGAGGAGCCGGAGCAGGAAGAUGGUGGUGGCGUGAUGGGCGAGGAUGGUCGGAAGGCUGGGGCCAUAGAUAUUGCGGCUGCGAAGCCGAGGAAGAAGGUCAGGUUCGUCCUGCCGGCGAGGGAGAUCAAAUCAUUGUGAGGGCCCUGAUUUUUCUGUAUAGUGAGUGGGUUUUUCUUUUGCGCUCCAAGGGGCCGAGGUUGGGCAAUCUGCAUUUCCAGGGGCUGGGCAUUUGGCGUUUUGGAUAUCAUUAGAAAG